AUGGGUGGUCUGAAGAAAUACCCACUAGAUUGUAAAGAUAAGAUAGUGAUUGAUCGAAAGGCACUACCAAAUGAGCUUGUGAAGGACACUCCAGUACUUGUGAAACUUGCAAGAAAAAAGGCGUUGUAUAAAGGUAACUGAAUGCGGAGUAGCAGAUUGUAAGAUAAUAUUUUUGUCAUUUUUUUUUUCUGUGUUUCUGUAAUGUACUCAGGUGAAUAUGAUGUUUGUGAUGUUACUCUGAGUAUAUAUCCACACCGGGCAAGCUUGAAAAAUAUACCUGACCACGGUGGGAAUCGAACCUACGACCUUUGGAAUGCUAGCCCAAUGCUCUGCCAACUGAGCUACGCGGUCUGGUCGGUUCGAGUAUGUGAUAUUUCGGAACAGAAUCUAGUUCCUUCAAUAUCAAUGUAAUCUAAUAAUCAUGAUUUUUUCUGUGUUUCUGUAAUGUACUCGGGUGAAUAUGAUGCUUGUGAUGUUACUCUGGGCUAGCAUUCCAAAGGUCGUAGGUUCGAUUCCCACCGUGGUCAGGUAUAUUUUUCAAGCUUGCCCGGUGUGGAUAUACACUCAGAGUAACAUCACAAGCAUAAUAUUUUUGUCGCUGGUCAGAUGGUAAAAAUGUUGACACUGAGCAAUAACAUUAAACCCAGUCGGUCAGUUAACCAGGCAUGCAGGUAUGGAUCAAGCCAGGUCUGGUAUCAGAUACUUGGAGACAGACUACGUCUAGUUUAGUAUAUCAUAAAUAUCAAUACAAACAAAUCCAUACAUAAUUUUCAUGUAUAUAUAUCAUAGUGUUGCCUCAUUUUGUCUCUAUUUUUGCUCUUACACAUACCUGCAUGUCCAUACUUUUAAAACUCUGAAUUUGAUAAGGGAAUUCCAACACCUCUUCCACCCGCUUUGCUAAGACUAGGAGGAAGUGCAUACCCCCAUUACUACACCCCACCACCAAGUAAAGCCAUGCAAGCAGGCAGUCAAUGAGUCACGGAAAGAAAAUAAACCUUGUAUUGGUGCAAGGUGAGGAUGUUUCAGGAAUUGUAAAUUUGUAUUACAGGACAAAUACACUCCUCAGGGACAGUAAGAGGAUAUUGCAUCAUAUUUGAUGACCCGCGAAGAGACAGAGAGUGGAAGAGAACAAAAAGCUUGCGAGUUAUUACAGAUUAUGUCGUGGUGAAAGGUAGGGUUUUUCUUUCGGGUUCGGAGGCAAACACAGAUUAUAGUUAAUACCAAUUAAGAAAGCGCUCGAGAGAUUGUUAACUUAAAGAAAUAUCCGGAAACAGACCUCCUUGAUUCUUUUAAAAUUCGAAAGGGUUUAGCUUAAGCACUAUCGCCUGAAGUUUUGUGCGACGAGAAAACGUGAUUGAUCUCCAGUCACCAACAAAGAGCGAAAACAUUGCCACCACCACCACAACCAAAUGGUCCAAAUGGACCCAUUUUGUAAAGACUAACAUUUACAAUAACAAUCGUGCCGUCGACCCAUGAUUCCGUUAUCGAAAUGUUCCGUUAUCUUUUCAUUGUUUUGAAAAUCCCCCCAUUCGCCAUGUUAAUCGGUCGCCGUUGUUGAUUUCUUUAUACUUGUUUCCUAAGUGCGAUUCUUGUUGCAAAAAAGGUUAUGUUUGGAGAAUGGCUAAAAGAACGAAGCAAUUUCGCUGUUUUGAACACGAAAUAAAAAGGUUAUCCACAAACAACAAAAACUUAUUUGAAAAUUACUUAAAGUUGAAAACCAAAUGUAGGUAGGCCAAAUUACGGCAGAUAAUGUGACAAAUGUUUAUGACCAAAAUGCGCAAAAGAUGACAUAAAUGAAUGUUACAUGCCUUUUGGUUGUCUUCAUAAAUGUCUUUUGUUGUUGAUGGUAAGCCUGAAUUCAAAUUUUUUAACAAUACGUUUCAAUGGUUUCCCGCUACGAUUUAAGGUAAUUUAUACACGCGUAAACAAUACACGCGGAUAUGUUAGUAGUAUGCUAAUCCCAUGCAGAACCUCAAACGUCAAAAACCGCUUUUACAGGAGGCCCGAAGCUAGACAAUAGAGAUGACACUUCAUGCACAAGCGAAGAAGAGAACGCUACUUUUCUAUUCAAUGUUACAUCGAAAGACAAUAAUACUUUAAACUUACCCAGCCAAUCGACAGAACAAGGAUCACAUAACUUUCAAUACGCAAUCCCAAAGCCAAAAAUAUUCCACUCUGGACUUCCCACCAUGGUACACUACGGCCAAUCCACUGUCUUGCACCUUCCAAAAAGCACAACGGACGAUCGAAGAAUCACGUCAGAAAUACAAUCGCAGGAUGAAUACUCAGUACAACAGUCCAGUAAUCUUUAUAGUCCAGUUUCAACUGGUUUGCAGACUAAUCGUGCUGGUUCACAGUCCAACUUAACUGCUUUCCACUCCAAUGUAUCUCGGUCAGAAACUAAGCUCCAGUCCUGUGUACAUGACUCUCGGUCAAAUGCUACUAGUUUCCAGUCCAGUGUUGCCGACCCGCGAGCCAAUCUAACUGCUUUCCAAUCCGAUUUUGCAGGCUCUCUGUCAAACCGAACUUGUUUCCAGUACGAUAGUUUAGACCCAUGGACAAACUUGACUAGUUGCCAGUCCACCACUGGCAAUGAGGCCAAUUUUCAAUCAAAAUUUGCCCAAGAUAUUUUGAACUAUUUCCCAAGACGGCAAAAUGUGUCAUCUGGUAUGGAAAGAAGAAAUAUGGACUGUACCGUUAGAAACAUUCAUUCUCCGAUAAUGAACAUGGCCGGUAACCAUCACCAACGUUUGAUGCCACUAUAUAUCGGCGGGAAAACAUCAGAUGGGAAUGCCAUUUACUACACACUACCAACUUACUCCGCUACGCCAUCGCCUUUUACCGUGGCGGCGACAGAUUACCACCUAUUUGUACCAAUUGAGCGAGCCAGGUGCGAAGAUAGCAGUGAAACUUUCAGCUAUGAAUCUGAAGAUGCACCAAAGGUCCAUUGGUCAAGCGGUUCGUCGAUGGUUUCUAAUCAGGAAAGGGAAAGUGUUUUGUCCAAAUACAACUCAAAUUUUUGGCCAAGUUUUUAUACAACUGAAGAACGAUCCCCUUGCUCUAUUCAGGAUGGGACUUGUACUCCUAACAAGUCAGGACGUCUUCCAAUCUCGUCAGACGACGCGAAGUUUAAUCAAGACAUAACCUACUCCAUAAAACAGGAAGAAAAAAGUCCUUGCCGUUUCUUAGUUCCUUCCAAGAUAAACACAUUGUCCAACCACUCUUCCUACGACACCCAAGGUUACAGUCAGUUCGACUCUCCAGAGGAUGAUGUUUCUGCGAAGAAAUAUUUUCAUGAAGUUUUGUCCACGUGCUCGACAUCCACGCGUUCAACAAGUCCCACAUGCGCAAUGGAAUUUGAGCAGAGGAUGGAAGAUAUUAGUCCCCCAUUGUGUUGUCAGGUUCAAUUACAACUACCGAUGUCUACCACAGAUGGAAUGGGAUCCGCUUAUACAAUCCCACCCGCAUAUCAGGCAAAGCUCGCGUGUUUCAUUCCUCCCGUACAUCUGGAACCCCCAGCAUAUCCGAACUCGUCCGCGAAUUUUACACCCGCUUACCCGACACAACCCGUGUUCCCGAUACAACCCGCACCCCCGACACAACCCCCACAGCCGACACAACCCCCACACCCAACACAACCCGCAUACCCGACCCAACGAGUACACCAGAUACAACCCGCCUACUUGUCAACACCAACCUUGCCGUCAUACUCGUACAUGCCUUUAAUUACAAAAGUGGAAUGUUCGGCGCAACUCGAGCUCGAUAGUUUGAAUCAAACCGAACUGAACAAUUCACAGGAAUACGAAACGUUAAGUUCAGUUAAAAUAUCUCAAAAGGCUAAUCGUGAAAGACGUGAAUGGCUUGAUGAACAAGACUCGAAAAAUCCCAACGCAGCUGACUAUUUUCCGCCAACAGGACAAAAUUACGCGUCUCAAUCGUUGUCAAAAGUCUCCGGUAAAAACAGCGAACACGACCGUGGAAGACCAUUUGAAAGCCCCUCCUCUCCUGUUACUUUUAACAGUCAGCCAAGUGAAUGCGUCGAUUUGGAUAAGUUUCCACUUACACGAGAAGAACGGAAGAGAAAAAUAUUAUCGGCGUUCGGUUUUGAAAAUGUCCAAACUUCGUCCAGUUUCUCUUGCAAGUUCGGAAAGGUGGGUAAAGAAGAAGCGAUCCCUCCAAAUGUUGAGGCAAAAGAAUUUCGGGGCGUUCAAAAUCCCUCGCUUGUGGAAUCCAGUAGCACUAUUGGUGAAACUUCAUCAGGUUGCAUGGUCAAGAGUAAUCUGGAUCAAGUUGUUGUUCUCUCACCAAGCGUGAUUAAAGCUGCUACAAUUCUUAGUGACUCCAGUUUACAACGGUGGAAGAUGUUCAAUAAUCUUAAUUCGUCCGUGAAAAGAUCGUUAACUAAGUCUUUAGAUGAAACGUCCACGACUCGUUAUAAAAAAAAAUCUGGCUCGCGCAACACCGACGGUAGACGUCACGAAGAGACACAUUCAAUUUGUGGUCAAAUGGCAAAAGGCAGAAAUGUAACAAACUCAGAAACGUCUGACGCCAUUACAUCCUGUGGUCAACUGAGUUCGUGUUCUUCUGGAGUGAGGGACCAAGAGAAAAAAGACAAAAACAAUGCAUCGCCAUGCUGUGACGAAAUUACCAUCUGUAACGUCUCCAACACUCACAAAACUGUCGGGAUUCAGGUUCAGUCGAAAAAUACCAAAGCACUCCGCCGCCCACGUAUCUGUAUACAUCGACAGUCAACUGCUUCUCAGACACAGCAAGCGACUCCAAGUGACACCAUACUACUUGGCAAAUACAAAGAAGGCAAAAAGAUUCAUCCCUUCCACAAACCCAGCAGCGAGAUGUCACCACCGAAGGAAAUUACAAACGUGAAAAAAGUACGAAAAGGAAAAGAUUUUGUCAAACAAUCAAUUUUAAUGGAAGAAGGUAACAAAGAGGCAUUGCCAUUAAAAGCUCGUGUGGUUGAAGUCGAAACAACAUCGUCUGGCGGUUUCAACACCCAACAAUUAGACCAAUUAUCUUUAAUUGCCUCUGGCGAGACUGAAGAUGGGGAAGUAGGGUUACCAGCAGUAAUUCACCAUGUCCACGUUGGUACACCACCAUCUGACAGUUUAAGCACCAGACAAUUCAACCAGUUAACUUCGAUUGCUUCGGUUGAGAGUGGAAAUGAAGAAGAGUUGCCAUUGGCUCGGGUUGUAGAUGUCCGUACAACAUUGGCAGAAUUCGAAUGUGUAAACGUCCAAAAACAAAUUAUCAAGGACAAAAAUUUCGCUACGUCCAAAAACAGUGUAAAAAAAUACAGCACAUUACCACUGGUGUCAAACUCGAGUGACUCAAGUCACGUUUCACAGGAAUCUGCCACAACGGAUGCAAAUGUCUCUCGCACAGCACAGGACACUACGGCGUCUAUCAGGAGGGACGGUGAAUCUGACGACAUACGUUUACGAUGUGAUGAGGUAAUUAAUGAAAAUUACAUUGAACCAAAUCCUGAAACAUCACCCCCAAAGGAAAAAUCAAAAGAGGAAAUGGCUGUUCAAUUGCAAAUAACAAGUCGACAAGUAGAAGUUAAGUUUGUUGACGAGGCUACGAUUUUCCUGUACUCCGAAGCACAGCCGUCGAGAUUCUUGACUUGUCUUUAG